AUGGCCUCGUUAACAACCACAAUGCGGACGCGUAUCCACGGCGUCGCCGCUCGCGCGGUACGGGGUCCCUCUAGGCCUCUAUCCAUGUCGGCCCGUCUGCUGCGCGCAGGACCCGGAACCGGCGAGAACUUUGAACAGGCCAACGAUCCUUCUGGCCGCAAGUUGACGCCCAAUGUCUCCAAGACGAACGAAACACCGGUCGAUGCAAUGGGCAACCGUGAUGCGCCCCUACAAGAGCUGGCCACCGCGGCAGAACAACAGAGACAAAUGCAGGCUCCUAACAGAGAAAAGCCCUGGUCAAGAAGCCAGAUGCCGAGAGAGCUUGCAAUGACGGGACCAAGAUUUGAGCAGACUAUUUUCGAACUUCAGCCACAACCGCUGGCAGCCAUUGAACUUAUCCACAAACAGCCCGUGCGGUGGGUUGAUGCGAAGAGCGUUGCCUGUGAUGGCGGUGGUGGUCCUUUGGGUCAUCCCAGGGUCUUUAUCAACCUGGACAAACAGCAAAUCUGCUGGUGCGAAUACUGUGGGAUCCCAUAUGCCAAAAAGGAGCACAAGGAGCAUCUUGAAUCGCUUCCUUCGACAUCUUACCCUCUCGCACCUACGGGUGACCCGUUCGAGGUCGAAUUGCCCAAAACUCCCACAAUGAAGGGCGAAGUGCAGGGCCACUAUCCUUUGUUGAAGGGUGAGCAUGAAGCGGAGGCUGUUGAUAACAAGCCGCUCCAGCAGAGAUGA